AUGGUUGACGAUUCCCGCAAAACACCAGACAACCCAGCCCCAGUGAGUCCGAGUCGACCCGUUGUCAAUCGCAUCAGAGUCGCCUGCAAGGCCUGUAACGCUAGACGGGUCAAGUGCGAUGCCGAUCAAGGACAGCCAUGCUGGCAAUGCCGUACGCGACAAAUACGUUGCGAACUUAUUGAGUCCAAAAGGGGCAAAUAUGUUCGCAAGAGACGAGUUCGUCCAUCCGCUCAGGUAGCCAGCGAGACUUCAUCGCCCCAUGUCGAACAACGGCUUGCUCCAUCUGAUACAGAAGAUACAUUUGAUCAUGGCCGGGGCGUUGAGGAGGUCGAUGGGUCACAUGCAUCAUCCCAUCAGGAGACAUCACAAGAUGUCAACCCAGCUCUUUCGCCGUUCAACUCUCGCGAUGCACAAGGAACUCGGGCUUCAAUACCACAACAACUUCAACCAAACUCAAAUGCGAAUGGUUCUGUGGAUAAGUCUAGUCUAUCCUACAUUGUGGAAGUCGUUCACCGACCCAAAGACGGCUUAACAGAGCCGCUGAGGGUACACUACCCCAUACCUGCAUCGAUUGUCGAUCAAUCGACGUCCAACUUCGGCCCCAAGACACCAGAGGAUUCGAUCUCUUUGCAAGAAGCUCUUGUUAUGCCGCCUCCUGAGGUGGCAGAUCAACUAGUCCGCAUCUUUUUCGAUACCACACACAUUGCCUUCCCUGUCUUUGACCGACAUAGGUUCACGCGGCUGUACCUCCAAGGCCAGGCUUCUCCGCUUGUGUUGCAGACGAUCUUCCUUCUAGGCUUCAUGGUCGGCAGCGAUGACCUCAUUCAAGCAGGAGGCUUCAAUGACAGAGCCACGGCUAGAAAGACAUGUUAUCUCCGCGCCAAGGCAUUAUAUGACGCCGAUUACGAUGCCGACCGAAUGAAUGUUGUGGCUUGCUUGCUUUUGAUCGGCUUUUGGUGGGCUGGUUACGACGAGCAGAAGGAUCACUGUCAUUGGGUUGGCUGUGCGACGACCUUUGCGCAGUCCAUGGGCAUGCAUCGCUCGAUGUCACAGUCUACGUUCAGCCCUCAUACAAAGUCUCUUAGGAAGAGAAUCUGGUGGGCGAUCUACACUCGUGAGCGGCAUCUCUCUGCAGCGUUCGGCCGGCCAUGUCGUAUCCGUGACGAAAAUUGCGACGUUGAGCCCCUAGAUGAGGAUGACUUCAACUUUGAUCUGGAUCACGACCACAGACUCAUUCCCGCUCAACAACGAUAUCAUAUAUCCUAUGUUCUUGAGAUGACGAGGUUGGCAGCAAUACUUGGCGACGUGCUCGUUUCAGAAUUUAGUCCCCGCCGGCCCAUGACAGAGCAGUUCGAGACGCAAACUCUCAAAGACAAACUGUUUGGAUGGGAACGGAAACUACCAGAGAACCUUCAGAUGUUGCCCUUGGACGGCACUCUCGGUGCCCCCUUUUGA